ACCUGACAAUCGUGCUGACUAUCGCUGAGUCGUUUGAUUUUCGCCUAUUCACGUAGUGGUAGACGAUAAACAAUUUUUCGUAUUUUAAUUAUUACUACUGCCGAUCUUUGCAUAACUCUGAGAAAUGAGUUCCAUAGGCACAGGAUAUGACCUGUCUGCAUCGCAAUUUUCGCCAGACGGACGCGUAUUUCAAGUAGAAUACGCUCAAAAAGCCGUGGAAAAUGGAGGGACUGUUAUUGGCUUACGAGGAAAGGAUGGCAUAGUAUUUGCCGUUGAAAAGAUAGUAACAUCAAAACUCUAUGAAGCAGGUGCGAAUAAACGGAUAUUCAACAUAGAUCAGCAUGUUGGCAUGGCAGUCUCUGGUAUAAUAUCAGAUGCGAGACAAAUUGCAGAGACCGCAAGGUCAGAAGCUGCAAGUUAUAAGGCACAGUACGGAGUCGGUAUUCCGCUCAAGUACUUAAACGAAAGAGUCUCCAUGUACAUGCAUGCCUAUACUUUGUACUCUGCUGUACGUCCAUAUGGUUGCUCUGUCCUACUUGGUGCUUAUGAAACAAGCGGUCCAGCAUUGUAUAUGAUCGACCCAUCAGGAGUAUCGUACGGUUAUUACGGCUGUGCAGUAGGUAAAGCAAAACAAUCAGCAAAAACGGAAAUAGAAAAAUUAAAAUUACCAGAGAUGACAUGUAAGGAUCUAGUGAAGGAAGCCGCUCGUAUUAUCUAUCUCGUUCAUGACGAACUGAAGGAUAAACAGUUUGAAUUAGAAAUGAGUUGGAUUGGUGCGCAUACCAAUGGAAGGCAUGAACGCGUACCAGCUGAUCUUAAAACUGAAGCCGAGACAAAGGCACGGCAGGCGAUGCAAGAGGAUUCGGACAGUGAUACUGAGGACAUGUAAAAUGAUAUAUAAAUAUACUGCCGUCGAAAUUCUUUGUAUUGUAAGCGAUAAUUUAAAUAUACAAAUAUGCAAUAGUUCACAAU